CAGGCAGGCAGGCCGCGCGGCCAGCGCCGGGCACCAGCCACCAGCCCGCUCCCGCUCCCCAGUCCCCACUCCCCGCUCCAAUUUCUCCGCCGCGGCCCGCUGACCCCAAAGCUGACGCGAAGCGGAGCAGUGACCAGCGAGCUGUGAGCAUCGAAACCAAACGGAAACGGGGCAAAAAGGCUCGCCAGAAAGGAGAGGAGCUCCUUUUCUCCCUCGUGCUCUCGCCAUUCGCCCGAACCGAACCCCGGAGAGCUGGAAGGUAGUAGGUGCGCGCUCGUCUCCUCCGCUCUCCACUGAUUCCGCUGCCGCUGCAUUUCCCCCCGGAUUCGCUCCGGUUUCAACCGCCGUAAAGGUUACUAGAGGACACCGCUUUGAACUUGUGAAAUAUCUAUUGAUGGCUUCUGCUUUAAAAACAAAUGGCAGUUUUUGUAGCACACAACAGCAGCAGUUUCUGCAAUCAACAACGGAUCAGUUUUUACAUGGUUCUUCUCAUUUAAAUUUCAAACAUUGCAAAAGCAAGAAGACAAUAAAGCCUGCUCCACUGUGUGUUAGAGCUACUUCCUCGAAAGUGGAAUUAGACUUUCAUGAUCCAUCUUGGAAGCAGAAGUUUCAGGAAGACUGGGAAAGACGGUUUAAUUUGCCAAGUAUUACUGAUAUAUAUGAUUUGAAACCAAGGCCAACUACAUUCUCACUCAAGAAAAACAGAACUCUUACAGGUGAUGAAAACGUGGAUAUGUGGAAUGGUUAUGUUAACAAUGAUGAUCGGGCACUUUUGAAGGUGAUAAAGUAUUCCUCGCCUACUUCUGCUGGAGCAGAGUGCAUUGAUCCUGACUGUAGCUGGGUGGAGCAAUGGGUGCAUCGAGCAGGACCACGCAAGGAGAUAUACUAUGAGCCAGCGGAAGUAAAAGCUGCUAUAGUUACCUGUGGAGGUCUAUGUCCUGGUUUGAAUGAUGUCAUCAGACAGAUAGUAUUCACCCUAGAGACCUAUGGUGUUAAGAAUAUUGUUGGAAUUCCAUUUGGUUAUCGUGGAUUUUUUGAAAAGGGCCUCAAAGAAAUGCCACUUUCACGUGGUCUAGUGGAGAAUAUAAAUCUUAAUGGUGGAAGUUUUCUUGGGGUUUCUCGUGGUGGAGCUAAAACUAGUGAGAUUGUUGAUAGUAUACAGGCCAGAAGGAUUGACAUGCUUUUCGUACUCGGUGGAAAUGGUACCCAUGCAGGAGCAAAUGCUAUCCAUGAAGAGUGCCGUAAGAGAAAGCUGAAGGUUUCAGUUGUAGCAGUUCCAAAAACCAUUGAUAAUGAUAUACUUUUGAUGGAUAAAACAUUUGGUUUUGAUACAGCUGUGGAAGAAGCCCAACGAGCCAUUAAUUCCGCAUAUAUAGAGGCACGCAGUGCUUACCAUGGUAUCGGUUUGGUCAAAUUAAUGGGAAGAAGCAGUGGGUUUAUUGCAAUGCAUGCUUCUCUUUCAAGUGGGCAGGUUGAUGUUUGCUUAAUACCUGAGGUCCCAUUCACUCUAGAUGGAGAAUUUGGUGUUUUGCAGCACCUUGAACAUUUGCUAAAGAGUAAGGGAUUCUGUGUGGUUUGUGUUGCAGAAGCUGCAGGACAAGAUCUACUGCAAAAGUCAGGUGCAACUGAUGCAUCAGGAAAUGUGAUAUUUAGCGACAUUGGUGUUCACAUGCAACAGAAGAUUAAGACCCAUUUCAAGGACAUUGGUGUUCCAGCUGACGUGAAAUACAUUGACCCAACUUACAUGGUUCGUGCAUGCCGUGCCAAUGCAUCUGAUGCAAUUUUGUGUACCGUGCUUGGACAAAAUGCUGUCCAUGGAGCAUUUGCUGGUUUCAGUGGCAUCACUUCUUGCAUCUGCAACACACAUUACGUGUACCUUCCCAUCACAGAGGUCAUCACGGCAUCGAAGCGUGUGAACCCCAACAGCAGGAUGUGGCAUCGGUGCCUCACGUCCACUGGUCAGCCUGAUUUCCACUGACCUGCCAUCGUCACUGCUUAACCAAAUUUGCAUACUUUCAGGCACUAGAUGAUUUAUGAUUUUUUUGCUGAUGUGCUCCAUUCACAUCACGAGGUUCCAAGAUUAGAUAAUAAUGCUAAACUGAGAGUAGACUUGGCUGGUUUGUUUGCCAGGGUGUCGUUGUCCAUGGUUCUGAAGCCCUGAAAUUUGAGAAAUUUGCAUAUUUAACACUGAAGAUGUGACUUCACACAUUUGCCAUUUUGAAGAUGGGCUUCACAAAUUUGUCAUUUAUUUCAUUGUCAUCUUGAUUACACGCCAUUUCCCGGCCAGAACCGAUCCAAAACUAUUUAAAUUAUUGAAGGAAACUCGGUUGGGAAUCAUUCCCAACCCCAACCAAA